AUAUCCGAUUUUCAGAUCGUUUCAUCGAUUGGAGUUUUGGAUAUAGCUUUUCGAAGGUCGCGAGUUUUCUAGGCGUCAUAACGAAGUGCUGCAGAAAUUUCCAAGGAGCCAUUGAAUCAUCUGCUUAUAGCCUUCUCUAACCAACAGACAUUACUGACUGCCCUUCCCUCAAACUUCACCGAGAACCCGACCAUGCCGACUCCUUGCACAAAAGAGGAAGCUCUCUCGGGGCCUUAUAAGAAGGAGUGGAAGGCAGCAAUGGAUGUGGAGAACGAGGCGUUCAUUCGCAACAACAGCUUUGACGAUGUUGUUCCCCCUUCCAGUGUCAACAUCGUCGGCGGAAAAUGGAUCUUCCGAGUCAAACAACUCCCAGGCAAAGCUCCACUGUUCAAGGCACGAUACGUGGCGAAGGGUUUCACCCAGAAGGAGUAUCUCGACUUCUUCGAAACAUUCUCGCCCACGGCCAAGCUCCCGACUGUGCGCACUCUUCUUGAUAUAGCCGCUCGCGGCAACUUCGAGAUCAAGUCCAUGGACGCCUCCUCUGCCUUUCUCCAAGGCCAGCUCAAGGAGGAUGUUCACAUGGAAUGCCCACCGGGGUUUCCUGGCACUUACCCUGCCAACACAGUGUGGAAGCUGAAGCGCCCAGUGUAUGGCCUCAAGCAGGCUCCUCGUGAGUGGCACAACAAGGUGAAGGAAGUCCUUCUCGCACUUGACUUCCAUCCCUCUGCCUCAGAUUCCAGUCUCUUCGUUCGUCACUCCUCCGAGCCCUUCUACAUCCUCGUCUACGUCGACGACUUCAUUCUAGCCACCAGAGAUCCAGCCGACAUGGCAGCUGUCCAGUCUGCUCUCAGCUCCGCCCUUCUCAUGAAGGAUCUUGGUGACCUCAAGAACUACCUGGGGAUGGAGAUCACUCGUGACCGCCAGGCUUGCACGAUCACCCUCUCCCAGGAGUCCUACAUCGACAACCUUCUCAAGCGGUUCGACAUGGACUCCAGUAACUCUGUCUCCACUCCACUCUCACUACAGCAUCAGCUUACGGCCCCUCCAGUUCCUUCUCCUGACGCCUGCAAGGACCCGUACCCUGAGCUAGUCGGUUCACUCAUGUAUGCCAUGAUGUGCACUCGACCAGACUUGGCAUACCCGGUUAGUGUCCUCUCUCGGUACGUCUCCCCCGGACGCUACACUGCCUCGCAUUGGUCUGCAGCGAAAAGGGUCCUCCGCUAUCUACAAGCCACCAAGUCUCACAUCCUCACUCUUGGUG